CGCCAUUCAAGACACCAAAUUAUAUACCUGGCGAUUGCAGCCCUACGAGACACGUGCAAAUCCGAGUUCUAGAGGGCUGCCCCAUUUGUCUGGAGGGCAGGCGUCAGCAUUUGACAGCAAGUGUUACGUCAUCCUCUCGCUCUUGGCAACAGUUGAGCGUUAGCCCAGCCGCGCUCAGCAUUCACCAACAAGCUACAGUGCGCCCAGUCAGACGUUGCAAUCUUGAAAUCCCCCGAGCAACAUAGACUGUUCAUUGUCUCCCAUCUCUUGCAGCGACAGAAUCGUCAGCCGCUAUCCGCGACACCAAACCCACCACACCCGCCUGCUCGCGACCAACUCAGCCAACUACCGCACAUGCGACCCCAAUAAGCUUGAAAUCCAUAGAGCACGAACACCGCCAAAAUGAACGGCUGGCUCGUCUUCAUCAUAGUCCUGCUCCUCCUCCUCGCCAUCUCCUACUUCGGCUGGUACUUUUACGCACGAUGGAACGCCUCGCGCAAUGGACUCCCUGCGCCGUCUAUGAACCCCAUUGCUGCCUUUCGCAACACCUCUGCAGGCGGCGCAUCCAACUACCCCGGUCCCGCGCCCACAGGCAUCAAGGGCUGGAUCGACACGCAGAUGCGCAAGUUCAAGAAUCGCAACAACAGGUACGCGGCAGGCGCCUACGAAGAGCCGGGCUACGCAGCCGGACAACCGAGAGGAAGAGGCGCGGGAAGCAGACUGGACCCAGAUGAAGCGUGGAGCUCGCGCGUAGGCGACGAGGCAUACUACGAGGAGCAGGAACUCGGCCUGCAGGAACCCGCCCACGCUGCUAGCUCCAAUCCCUACGCAACCACGCCCUAUGGUGCUCCGAAAGCUGGCCUCUCUGUCGAGCCCGCUCGCGGAAGGAGUCGCAACCGCGAUAGCUAUGAUGAGCAUCUCGACGGCCGAAGUGCGCGGAACAACCCUUUUGGCGAUGAGAAUGCGGAGAGUCUGAGGGGUGUCAGCCCAAGACCGCUCAACCAUGGCGAGGAUACGAGCUAUCAAGGUGGAGGCACGGCGGUGAUGCCGAGUGCACCUGCGCAUAAGAAGGCAGGCAGUAUCAACAGCUUGGAUAGCCCAUUGAACGAGAGCCGGAGGAGUGCCUUCAGAGAGGACAUAAGAUGAAUGGCAGGCGAGGCGCGUGCAAGGUUGCGAAGCGAGUUUGUAUGUUCAUAGUGUAGACGUCCUGACGUGGCGAGAUGGCGCCUGGUGUUGGUUUCAUGAGUACCCAUACUUUUUGAACGGCAAGAGGGACUUUAAUUUCAUUGCAUAACGUCUACCAUCCUUCUAUGUGGUUGCAAACUCACGCUGCAGUGUUGUGCUAUUCUUCACAAUCACAGGU